CACUAAUUAUUUUUUAUGUCAAAUGUAAUAAGUUUAGUUUUUUAGGCUGCUUGUUUAUAUUUAUUAUAAAGUUUGAAUACGAUUUUAGCACAUAUUUCUUUAAUUAUCGUUUAUAAUGUGUAAAGUAGUAAUUUAUGUCGUGUUAAUAUUGUCGCUCUGUACUGUUGGUUUGCUAGCAAUUCGCUGCUACCAAUGUUCAUCUGAUCAGGAUCGGAAAGGUUUCGACAGCUGUGGUGCCUAUAAACCCUUCAAUCGCACAGAACAUAUUCCUAUUGAAUGCAAUACUGAUGAAUCACAUAUGCCUGGAUCAUUUUGCAUGAAAGUGGUUCAACAAGGGCCACGAGGUUUCAUUUGGGAUGGCCGUUGGCGACAAGUUAUUCGCCGCUGCGCUUCAGUAUCGGACACUGGUGUGACUGGUGUUUGUAACUGGGGCGUAUAUGAAAAUGGCGUCUAUUGGGAAGAGUGUUACUGUUCAAACGACAGUUGCAAUAAUGCGCAAAGUAUCAUUUUAUCAAAAAUGUCAUUGGCCGUUGUAAGCGUUGCAAUUUUACUGAACUUCAACUGGAAACUUUUGAUUUAACAAAAAUGAAUGAUAUUUAUAACCAUUCCGUCCAUUAACGUAAAUUUCCAACAUGGGUAUCCAUUUUUGGAGCAACCCUAU